UGGGGGAGGGGGGCCUUAGAAAGUCACUUUACUACAGCCUGUGUGAAUGUCGGCGUCAGGGACUGGGCAAUGGUGGAGUGCCCUUUCCCAGUCACUGCUGGGGGAGCCGCCUCCUUGCACACUGGGGGAGCCCCCCUCUCUGCCCACUGGGGGAGCCCCCCUCCCUGCCCACUGGGGGAGCCCCCUUCCCUGCCCACUGGGAAGCCAUCCUCUCUGCCCACUGGGGGAGCCACCCUUCUUGCCCACUGGGGGAGCCCCCCUCCUUGCCCACUGGGUGAGCCCCUUCCCUGCCCACUGGGGGAGCCACCCUCCCUGCCCACUGGGGGAGCCCCCCUCCCUGCCCACUUGGGGAGCCCCCUCCCUGCCCACUGGGAAGCCAUCCUCUCUGCCCACUGGGGGAGCCACCCUUCUUGCCCACUAGGGCAGCCCCCCUCCCUGCCCACUGGGGGAGCCCCCCUCCCUGCCCACUGGGAAGCCAUCCUCUCUGCCCACUGGGUGAGCCCCACUCCUUGCCCACUGGGUGAGCCCCUUCCCUGCCCACUGGGGGAGCCCCCUCCCUGCCCACUUUAUUCUCUUUCUUUCCCAGUAUCAGGUUCUAUCUGACAGGCUUGCUCCAAACUUCUCUCCAGCUCUGACAGGUUUAUGGUCCCUGCUGUUCACCAGCCCUGGCCCCCAUCUCCCAGAGAGACAGUUGUAACCCAGAGAAACUCCGUCAUGUGUGCAGGGCCACCAGCUUGGUGGUGGGAGAGCCAGACACUGACAGCGCCAGCUGGUCUGUAUCUCUCAGGGCAGGCGUCUGUCUCUCCUGGUCACAUCUCUGUCCUGUCUCAGCCCCUGAAAUGACGGUUGCUAUAGGGACUCAGCAAGUGUCUGCUGAGUGACUGUCAUGACCAGUCAAGGGGCAGGAUUCAUUAUCCCCUUCCACAGGGGAGGACACUGAGUCAGAGUGGGUCAAAGGCCACUAUGGGAGCUGUGGGGCUGGGGUACAGGCACAGCACCCCCACCUCCCCAAUCCCCGCCCCAGGGUCAGGGUGGGUUGGUGUAGUGCUGGGUCGUCAGUUUCAGCGACCUGGGGUGUGGGAUGGUCCCAAAACAAGGUGACAAGCAGACACGGCCUGAGUAAGCUGCAUGUCUGUGUCGUGUCUCCCACCUGUGGAAUGCUUAGCAUGUCACCAAGCAGGAACCAGCCUAGUGGCUUUUCUCAGGGCAGAGGAGAGGGCAGAGCCAUGUCCCUGUGCCCCGCCCCUCUGCCUGGUUCACUAACCCACAAUCCUCUGCCUCCAUCUGUGGACUGCGGUCCCCAGGGUACUGGACCACCCGGCUGCUCAGUGACCUCCUAUCUGGAUGGACAAGCCCUGAGCUUAUGUUUUUUUUAAAGUGCACUUGAGAUGCUGAGGCAGGAGAAUUGCUGUGAGUUUGAGUUUGGGGGUCAGCCUUGGUGACACAGAGAGAUCUUAUGAAAGAAAGAAAGAAGGGAAGAAAGAAAGAAAGAUCAAAAGAAAGAAAGAAAGACAGAAAGAAAGAAAGAAGGAAAGAAAGAAAGAAAGGCAGACGAAGGAAGGAAGGAAAGAAAAGAAGGAAAGAAGGAAGAAAGGAAGGGAGGAGGGAGGGAAAGGAAGCAAGCCGAGAGACAUCAGAAAGACCUCCAGGAAGGCCAGGUCUUCAGUGUGUAGGUGGUUCCCAAAAGUCCAGGGCGAAUGAGCCCCGGGGCAGAGGGCCAUGUGACUAAACGUAUCUAACAAAUGAGACUAUCUUUUUGUUUGUUUGUUUUGUUUUUUGAGACAUGCUGUGGACACGCUGUGUUCUUGUUAAGAAAGUCCAUCAACAGGAACUCUGUGCGGUCCCGGCUGCCAGCCAAGUCCUCCAAGGCUUAUGGAACACUGCGCAAGGGUUCGCUGUGCCUGGACCCCCGGCCACAGCAAGUGAAGAAAAUCUUUGAUGCUUUGAAGAGAGGCCUCAGGGAGCACCUGUGUGAGCAGCAGGCUGAACUGGACUACCUGUGCAGAUGCCACACGGACACCCAGAGGAGCUCCAGGCUGGCCUUCUACUAUGACCUGGACAAGCAAAUGCGCAUGGUGGAGAGACACAUCCGGAAGGUGGAGUUCCACAUCAGCAAGGUCGAUGAACUCUAUGAAGGCUACUGUAUCCAGUGGCGGCUUCGAGAUGGAGCCUCCAACAUGCAGCGUGCCUUCAGCAACAGCACCCAGAGCCGUGCCUCCCGGGAGAGCCUGCAGGAGCUGGGCCGCAGCCUGCAGGAGUGCCUGGAGGACAUGUGCCUCAUAGAGGGGACCUUGGAAGGUCACCUGGGCGAGUUCCAUGUCAAGAUGAAAGGCUUGGUGGGCUAUGCACGCCUCUGUCCCGGAGAUCAGUAUGAGGUUCUCAUGCGCCUGGGCCGUCAGCGAUGGCGGCUGAAGGGCCGGAUAGAACCAGAUGACAGCCAGACCUGGGACGAGGAGGAGAGGGUCUUUGUGCCCACGGUGCAUGAGAACCUGGAGAUCAAGGUGACGGAGCUUCGAGGCCUGGGCUCCAUGGUGGUGGGUGCGGUGACAUGUGACGUCGCAGACUUCUUCACAGCCCGGCCCCAGCUUGUGGUGGUGGACAUCACAGAGUUGGGCACCAUCAAGCUGCAGCUGGAGCUGCUGUGGAACCCCUUGGACUCUGAGUGCCGCCUGGUGUCACCCAGCCCCACUGGCAGGUUCUCCGUGGGCAGCAGGAAGGGCUCCCUGUACACAUGGACGCCACCCAGCACCCCCAGCUUCCGGGACAAAUAUUACCUGUCUGUCCUUCAGCAACCCAUGCAGCAGGCCUUGCUGCUAGGUGGGCCAAGGGCCACCUCCAUCCUCGGCUACCUGUCUGACAGUGAGCUCCAGGGUCCCCGCCUGCGAAGCCGGAGCCAGGAGUUACUGGAGAUGGACUCCUUCAGCUCCGAGGACCCCAGAGACACUGAGACCAGCACUUCAGCAUCCACCUCAGAUGUGGGCUUCCUGCCCAUGCCUGUGGCUCCCACAGCCUGCAUAGAAGAGGAGACCAGGGAGGAGCCUCCACCUCUGGGUCUGCUGCCGGGCCUGACUCACCCAGCCGGGGGUGUGCUUGUAGAACAGCCUGGUUGGAGGGACUUGAGAGGAGAGAGGCUGGACCUACUGUUGGACGACCCAAUCCACAGCCCCACCGUGCCACGGAGCCGGAAGGGCCAGGAGGAUGGAGGUGCGGGGGACGGAGUGGAGGGGCCUGUGCAGGAGGUCCUGGAUCUGCUGCGGUCUGCGGACCCUGCGCAGCCCCAGCUCAGGGAGCUGGAGUACCAAGUCCUUGGCCUCCGGGAGCGGCUGAAGCCCCGAGGGGUGCAGCCGGAACCCGUGUCAGCGCAGAGUCUCAUGGACUGUAUACUUGAGAGCUUCGCCUUUCUGAAUGCCGACCUUGCCAGUGACGAACUGUCUCUGUUUGGGGGCUCCCAGGCUCUUGAGAGGGACAGCCCCCCACCUCCACGGCCAUCACUGAAGGUCUCGCCUAGCGAACUCACAGCCGGUACCCCUGAGCUGGACACACUGCUUACUGUCCACCUUCAAGUCUGCAAAGCCUUGCUUCAGAAACUGGCCUCCCCUAAUUUGUCAAGGAUGGUGCAGGAUUGCCUCCUGGAGGAAGCGGUGCAGCAAAGACAGGUUCUGGAAGUGCUUUCAGACCUUGACCUUGAGCAGGUCAGCAAGGCCAAGUCGGUUGAAGAGAUCAUCCCACAGGCAUCUCAAAGGAAGGGUGGCCUGGCACUGUGGCAGGGAUGCACACAGCCUGGUGGAGUCCUGGCCUGCCCUGCCUCCACACUCCUGAGCCAGCUCAAGAAGACAUUCCUACAUCGCGUCCGAGGAAAGUACCCGGGCCAGCUGGAAAUAGUGUGUCGCAGGCUCCUGGAGCAGGUGCUGGGCUGUGGCGGGCUAUUUGUCACAGCAGGGCUCCAGGACGAGCAGGUGGUCACCUGGUUCCAGUUCCACAGCUACCUGCAGCGGCAGAACAUCUCUGACUUGGAGAAACACCUCACUCAGCUCACCAAGGAAGUUACUCUCAUUGAGGAACUGAACUGUGCGGGCCCAGCCAAGGCCCUGAGGAAGCUGCACGGGAAGCGUCUAAGCCAGCUGCAGCCAUUGCCCCAGACGCUUCAAGCCUGGGCCCGGCUGCAGCUGGACGGACCCCCGAGGCUGUGCAGGGCUGCCAGAAUGCGACUGGCCAGCGCGGCCAGGAACAAGCGCUUCCGGGAAAAGGCCCUGCUAUACUACACCAAUGCCUUAAAUGACAGUGACUCCAAGCUCCAGCAGGCGGCGUGCAUGGCUCUGCAGCAGCUCGGGGGCGUUGAAAGCAUUGAACAGAUUGUCAGUCUAUGUCAGUCUGACCUGGAGGCCGUGCGAGCCGCAGCACGGGAAGCAACACUGUCGUUUGGUGAGAAAGGCCGCCUAGCUUUUGAGAAGAUGGACAAACUACACGCAGAACAAGAAGCCUUCUGUCAGGAAGCGGAUGUUGAGAUCACAAUUUUUUAAGAAGCCGUGCUCGAUGAGCUCAAAUCUGGCCUCUUUCUUCCUUUCAUGCUGCCUGGCCUCCACAGUGCCCAGGAUUUGGAUGGAGCAUCCAAGCCACUCCCUCCCAAGUGUGAGCUGGUCAGGACAGUUACCUGAGACUGGGUCCUCAGCGCAGGGAUAACAGUCAUGUACUCACAGAGCAGGCACAAGUGGUAUGUGGGACCUCUAAGGCUGUGGCCUCCGCCAAAUGCUGUUUUUGCCAUCCUGGGGUACAGUGCCAGGCACUGUCUUGAGGAUCGAGGAUCCAGGGCAAGGUGACAGACAUGCAUGGGGUAUGAGCUCCCUGCAUACCCUCAGCUGGGACAGAACUGGUCUGACAAACAGGGCUGUGGCAGCUUCCCAGUAGGCAGGUCCACUUCCAUGGCAGCCUGGGCCCUUGGAUGAAUGCUCAGACCUGAGGAGGUUUUCACUGCAGCGGCUGGGGAGACUCAUGAUGGGUUAGAUACCCACGAGGGGUUUCCUACUUAAGUGAAUAGAGCACUCCACGCUGGCGUCUGAGAUGCCCACGAGGGGGUUCUCAGGGCUGACAUAGUCAUCUCUCACUUAGGUCCCUGUGGACCAUGUGUGCUGACUUGGUAUUUAUUUGCCUUGUUCAUGUCCAUUCUCUGAAAUCUCAAUUACAAACUCUGGCGUAUGGCCACCUUACUGCCCCAAGUAGAGAAUGUUGUAUCCGUAGAGCCUUAACAUGGGAGGGGCGGCAGGCCCACUGGGGAUCCUUCCUAUAUUCUUCAUGCCUGACUCAUGGUAGGCUGCCCUCUUCUGGGGGCAUUUGGGGACACCCCAGGCCUUUGUCAAGCCUUCACUGCACUGGAUUUAUCCCAGUCACUAUUAGUCAGCUUUCCACACUGGUAACUCUCAGAGUCAUUUUCAUACCUGAAGCCUUUGGUUGUGAGAGCAGCCACAGCACUCACAGUUCUGUGGCCAGGACCCAAGCGGGGACCACCUGAUGCACAAGCCACCUGUGAACCCGAAGGGUACAGAGCUGUGCUUUCUGCAGUGACAUCUUCCACUCCACAAGUCUCAAGUGACUCUGAACUGGAAGUCAGUCACCUUGGGGCCUUACAUAUUUAGUUUUAUACAUGAACGGAAGGUCACACCACUUUUGGGUCUCAUUUUCAUGUUUAAGUCAAGCAUACAUCAGAUGAGGCUUAUGGAUGUCCUGAGAUUGAAGACCAUGAAAUCUGACAGGCAGCUGGCCAAGGGGAGGUCUGGAUGCUGGGCCAGGGAUUCCAAUGACCUGUGAGUCUCAAGGUAGCCUGGGCUGCCCAAGGGGAGGUCCUGAAAGGACAGUGUAGAGAACCCACAUCUCAGCAGUCACAUGACGCACAGUGUGCUUACCCUGUAGGCCUCACGCUGGCAGGGGUAGACAAAUGACUGCCCACCCUGGCCCAAGUCUGUGAAUAAAGAAAAUGAAAGCA